AUGUCGAAUCAGACCAUCUUGAGGAUAUCGAGAGAGAUCACUCAGAUCCAACAGGGAAGUGACCUGUCUAUCGCCGUCGCUUGCCAGGAAAAGGAUGUCCGCCAUGUGAAAGCCCUCAUCAUCGGUCCCCACGGCACACCUUAUGAGUACGGUUUCUUCGAAUUCUCCGUCAACUUUGGCGCAGAAUACCCAAGCAGGCCUCCCAAGGUCGAAGCCAAAACAACCAAUGGCGGAAGAACUCGGUUCAAUCCAAAUAUCUACUCCGGGGGCAAGGUCUGCUUGUCUAUCUUGGGCACAUGGCAUGGCGAGAGGCCAGGUGAAGAGUGGUCCUCUGCGCAAGGCCUCGAGUCGAUUUUGUGGUCUAUACAAAGUCUCAUGUCCAACAACCCAUACGAAAAUGAGCCGGGAUAUGAGAAUGCCAAAGGCACCGAGGACAAGAGGAUGAAUGAUCUCUAUUGUGCCAAGAUUCGACACGAGACCCUUCGAAUUGCCGUCAUCCAGAAGUUGGAGGAAGCUUUGCACAUUCAGGCUGACGGCUCAAUAGCACCUCUGGCCCAGUCUCCAAAAUGGGAAUCUGGCGAUGAGGAGGACAAAAAUACGGAUGAUCACCUCGAAACCGAGCCCAAGCUCAAAUUCGAACCGUUCAAAGAUCUCUUCAAACGAAGAUUUCUGUGGUACUUUGAGCACUACAUGUCCACCAUCGUGGAGCACACACCUCAGCACAAGGAUGGCUCUGAUUUCACCAAAAUGCCCUUUGAAGGUGGAGGAAAUACCAUGGACGGCAAGUUUCGCUAUGCCGAUCUGGGUAAGAGGCUGGUUCGCAUUAAAGAGGUGAUUCGUGAGGAAACCGACAAAUGGGCCGUGGAAGGGGCAGAAUUGAUGAGGCGAGAAUCGUCAAAGGCUGCCGGCAUCCAACGACAGUUUGAGCAAUUAGGUGACUAUUUGAAGCGAAAGAAAUAUCACAACAUCUCCGUCGAGCUGGAGAAUGACAACCCCUAUGUCUGGUUCAUGACCUACUUUGGCAAACCAACGACACAUCUCGAUGGUGGAGUCUUCAAAAUCAGAAUCUGCAUCAGUCCGCGCUUCCCGGAUGAACAGCCUCGAAUCAAAGUCGAGACUCCAAUCUAUCACCAUAGAGUCGCGAAAGAUGGAGUUCUGUGCUAUUUCCCCAAGAGAGUGGAUGAGUUGAGAAAUCACAUUGAAUGCAUUGCCGAAGCCUUGGAAGAGGAAUCUCCUCCGUACGAUCCUCGAACCAUUGUCCAUCCUGAAGCCACCAAAUUGCUUUGGGGAUCUGAAAGCGACAAGAAGAAGUAUUACCGUCAACUUAGGAGAUCCGCCCAGCGAACCACAGAGGAGGACUUUUGA